AUGGCCGUCGCCAUGAUAAACAGGAAUACUACGGAGCUGGACUGGGACCAAGUGAUGCAGACCUCCGAUGGACAGGAGCUCAAGUCGAGCCACAUGGAGUGGAUCGACCGAGAAAUCUUCAUCGUGGAGCUGCCAUCGCGCGAACGCGAGCACUUUGGUGCGGGAGGAGCGCUGCCUGCUGGGAUGGAGUGGGUGGGCUGGCACACGCUCAAAGUGGAGGUUGGCUUCACGCGCCACUGGGGGAACGAGCCUGGUCAGCUAGACUGGAAGGCCAACGAGUGGGCCACAUUUCCGGGCGUGGCGUACAUCCUUUGUGUGGCCUUGGACAAAGGGUUGGCGACCGCCAGCUACAAGCUCUAUCGGACCCGCGUCCUGUGGCUUCCCCCGAACAGCAACCUCGAGUUUGAUUCGCGCUUGUUGUUGGGGUUGCAACCAGGUGACGCGCUGCCUGCUCAGUUCCCAGACCCGCUGGUUGUCGACCUGCACGAAGUCCUGGCGGACGCUCGCGAUGAAUUUCCUGCGCCGGUUUAA